GACACCCGCGCAUCAGCUGCCGCCUCCGCGGAUCGCCCCGUCAAGCGGGACGGGGGGAGCUGCGCAGCCCGGCCCAGCCCAGUCCCUCGGCGGCGGCUGGCGGGAAGGGGAAGAGGAAAAACACACAAAACCACGCCGGCCCCGCCGGAGGCGACGCCCUCCGCCUGGGCUCGCCCACGCCCGGCGUGGCAGCCAGCGCCGCCCGAGCCGAGCCGAGCCGAGCCGAGGGGCAGCGGAGCGCGCCCGGAGGCGGCCCGGUCCCCGCCGGAGGAGGAGGAGGAGGAGGAGGGGGGUCCAGGACGAUGCUGGCGGGGCUGGGGCGGGCGGUGCGGAGCGGCUGGCCGCCGGCCAAGCGGCAGCCCCCGGUCCUGCUGGGCGGCCGGGAUGGCCGCCCGCCGCCCUCAGCGCCUCAGGUGCGGCUGUGGAGGCACGCCGGAGCUUGGAGGGGCCGGGAAGGAGCACCGUACAGCACACUGGUGCCAUCUGACGAAGUAACUAUUAAUUACAGACAUGGUCUUCCUGUGAUAACUCUUACGCUGCCCACAAGAAGUGAACGCUGUCGGUUCACAGUUAAGCCAAUGGUGACCACCGUAGGGACAUUCCUGCAGGAUGUGCAGAGAGAAGAUAAAGGAAUUGAGAGAGCGGAAGUCUUUGCAACAGAUGGUAGCAAGGUCUCUGAUGCAACCUUGAUGGAGGUCUUGUUGAUGAAUGACUUUAAACUUGUUAUCAACAACACAGCAUACAGUGUGUCACCUCCUGUAAAAGAUAAGCUGAGUAGUGAGCAUGCUACUGAAAUGGAAGAUAUCAAAUCCUUGGUGCACAGAUUGUUUGUGGCUCUACAUUUAGAAGAUCACCAGAUCAGGAAAGAGAAAGAAUUGCUACAGAAACUGGACCAUCUGAAAGAAGAGCUGCUGCCUCUUGAACAGAUGAAAGCGAGAAUCACGGACAGUGCAGAUGCAAAGACCUCCAGGCUUCUAUGGGUUGGCUUAGCUCUGAUGUCAACACAAGGGGGAGCGUUGGCGUGGCUCACGUGGUGGGUCUACUCAUGGGACAUCAUGGAGCCGGUCACAUACUUCAUCACUUACGGGAGUGCCAUGGCUUUCUACGCCUACUUUGUUCUUACUAAACAGGACUACAUUUAUCCUGAUGCUAAAGACAGGCAGUUCCUCCACUACUUCUAUCGGAAAUCCAAAACCCAGCAUUUUAAUGUGGAACGGUAUAACAAGCUCAAAGAAGACCUAGCAGAGGCAGAAGAAUCCCUGAGGCGUCUGCGCCAACCUCUGCACUUGAGGCUUCCAAUCCAGGAAAUCAAUGACAAGGACUGACUUUGGUUUUGUAUAUAUUAGAAUUGCCCUUUAAAAGCUGAUACAAACAUUUAGUUACUCUACAGAAACUGGGUAUUUUUGACCACUAUAUAGUUUUGAAAGUUGCAAUAAAUACCUACAAAAAUUA